AUACACAAUCAAACAGUGUCCAAGUUGGACUUUUCUCCCUCUGACUCAGCAGUUUAACCUUAAAGAAGGAAGAUGUGGAAGAUUGUUGUUCCAAUUGUUGCGACUAUUUUCGCCGUUGGGCAAUGUGGCAUACCUGGGGGGUGGAAAAACGCCGACAUCCAGGGUGAGGAUUUCCUAAAUGCGUUGAAUUACGCCGUCGCCCAACACAACAGAGGCAACCAAGGAGAUAUGUUCCUCCACAAGGUGGUUGAAAUCGUCUCCGCACAGUUUCAGGUGGUUGCAGGAGCUAACUACAAGAUUGUUGUGAAACUGGGACGGACCAACUGCAAGAAAGGCGAAGCAAACACAGAAUGUACUGUCUACGUGGACCCAACUAAGGCUCAGAUUUACCAGUGCACAUUCACAGUGUGGAGCUGCCCGUGGCUCAAUGACAUUCAGGUCACGGAAAAGCAGUGCUCGAACCCUUAACUUAACUCACCGUGAAAUAUACGCUACUUUUAACAGUGUAAACAUAUUUCCAUCCUCUGUGUGAUGAAGUCCACUGUUUUCACAACUACAAAUGCUGUAAUGCAAAAAUAAAGUUGAUCAAUUGUUUAAUGACUUGGUAAAACCUAAAAAUUAAAACAAAUAAAGUAAAUUUGACUUAUCAGAA